AUGAUGCUCGCUAUCAAAUCCAUUGCCGCCAUGGCUCUCGUCCUGGUUUCUGCUGCUCUUGCAGCGCCAGGCAACAUCAACCGCGGCGAAACCCUCACCGUCGACAUGGGGGCGCCUCUUCCAACCACCUUAUUAACAGAUUCUGGUCCGCCGCCGCCGCCGCCGCCGCCGCCAGAGCCCACCACGGCGCAGCCCCCCGAGGACAUUUGGGGCAUGUGGGCGGAGCUACUCAAGUUUCGUGAAUCUGCGAAACACCGGCGACGACACAACCGGGCGGACUCGGCGAGCCCAAGCUUCGAGUUGGACGGCUGA